AUGGUCAAGUCUAAGAAAUCUCUCGCCGAGCAGCUCGCCGAGAUGUCCACAACCACACCAAAGGAUUACGAUCCCGAGGAUAUGGGUGGCGAUUCCCUCCAGAGCAAGCACAAUGCCGACAGCGAUAUGGGAAGCGACGAUGACGGUGACAACGAGAACGCUGGCCGUGAGCACUACGUCGACGUCGGAAAGAGUCAGCUGAGAAACAAGCAGUUCCUCAUGGACGAUCCAAAGUACAAGGGAAAGAGGAGCAGCAGGAAAGCCGCCCUUGGAUUCGAAAGUGACGAGGAUGAGGAGGAAGACGACGAGGAGGAGAUGGAAUUUGAUGAGAAUGAGGACGAGGAGGAUCAGGAUGAGGAAAUGGUCUCUGACAGCGACGAUCUCGAUGAUGGUGAGGAUCUUAUGGGCCACAUUGACGGUGAUGGAAGCGACGACGAGAACGAGAACGAUGAUGACGAGGAGGACGAGGAUAGCGAGGAGAACAGCCAGGACGAGGACGAAGAUAGUGAUGAUGGCGAGGAUGAGGAGGACGGCUAUGGUGAUCUUACCGCGUCUGGAAUCACUGAGACCUCCCAGGAGAUGCAGGAGGAGCUUCAAAAGAUUCAGAAGGAGGAAUCCGAGUUGCUCAAGAGCAUGACCAAGAGCGUCACCGAUGAUGUCGAGAAGGGAAUCCACGUCAAGGCACAAAUGACGCUUUGGGAGACUCUGCUGGAUACUCGCAUUCGCCUUCAAAAGUCCGUGUCCUUGAUCAACACUUUCCCCCAGCCAUCGACCUACGACGAGUUCUUGACUAACGAUUCGGCCGAACCCAUGGAGGAGGCAAAGCACAACUUGCGCUCGUUCAUCGACACUCUGAUCACUGUCCGCACAGAUUUGCUCCGCAACAUUCCCGAAGUCAAGGUGCAAAAGUCCAACAAGCGCCACAUGAGCGACCUUGAAGAUGAGGAGGCACGGAAUCUGGAUGAUGAUGCAUGGCAGACGAAGGCAUGGAAGGAUAUCGAGGGUCUGGAUGAGGGCUGGAGAUCGUACCGCAACAACACUCUCGAGAAAUGGGGCAACAAGGUCCAAAUCGCCAGCGGCAUCCCCCUCAACAAGAAGUUCAAGGCCAUGAACCAGGGUAUUAUGACUCAAAUUUCACAGACGAUGGCUGACAAGGAGCGCCUGUUGAAGAGAACUCAGUUGAAGCGUUCGGAAUAUCACAUUUUGGGAACAGCACCCGAGAUCAAGGAGGAGGACGAGAACGAUAAGACAGAGAAGACACCCGAGGUCAGCAAGCUGGACUCUCACCUGUCGAACCACGACGAGGAGAUCUUUGACGAUGGAGACUUCUACCAGCAGUUGUUGAGAGAGCUGAUCGAAUCCCGUAUGGUCGACAACGAUGAUCCUACAGCCAUGGGUAUGCGCUGGGCGGCUCUUCGUCAGACUAAGCAUACCAAGAAGCAGGUGGAUACCAAGGGAAGCAAGGGUCGUCGUCUUAGAUACCAUGUCCACGAGAAACUUCAGAGCUUUAUGGCACCUAUCCCAGCGGGUACCUGGCACGAGGAGAUGGUCGAGGAGCUGUUCUCGUCCUUGCUCGGCCGGAAAGGAGGCAACUUGGAUGAUGAUGAGGAGGACGAGAACGAGACCAAGGAGGAUGAAGAGCAAGAGGAUAUCCCUGAUGAUGGUCUCCGUAUCUUUGGUUAA